AGAGGUUAAAUUAUGCGGAUCAAAUUAGCGGGAAAUGCCAAUGGAAAACUUUGUAGAAGAUGUGGAUAGUGCAAGAUGGGAGAAAGUUUAUUGUCUCUACCAAAAGGCAAUGAAAUUGAAGAUAGACAAAAUGAAAAAUGACAAAGGAAAGGAACUAGAAAAAUUAGAUCUUUGGUUCCAGAAAGAAUUGCCAUCUGCCAUUAAAGACAGGAAAGAUAAACACAUCACAAAAGCUGAACUGUGUAAACUAAUGAAGUGGAAGCUCAGUAGAGGUAAAUUUCGCCCUCGACUCCAACAAAUGGUGGAAUCAAACCCUGAAGAUGCAGUUGUUUCAGCAAGUAAAAAGGCUUUCAAGCAUUUACCAAACUUAAAAAAGGCCAUAGAAGAGCUCACAGUUUUAAAAGCAGUAGGACCAGCAACUGCUUCUGCUGUCCUAGCAGCAGGUGCCCCAGAACAAGCAGCUUUUAUGGCAGAUGAGAGCAUGCAGGCCUUACCAGGAUUACAGCCUCUACAGUACACUCUAGGAUUCUACUUACAGUAUAUGGAUAAAAUAAAACAUCUGAUGAAAAUUCUUCAAAAAGGUGACAAAGACUGGACUGCCCAAAAGGUAGAACUGACUUUGUGGACAUAUGAGAACCUUAGGAAGGCAGACCCAGCCCUACUGACAGACAUACUGGAGGACACACCCAAACGAAAACAGGAGGAAACUAAUGGAGAUGUCAAGUCAAAUAAAAAAAAGAAAACUUAUAUAUAUUUAUUUUAUUUGUUGUAA